AUGGAGUGCGCUGCCCGCAUUACCCAUCGCAUGUACGGGGACAGGGUCAGGGCACAAGCCCGUCGGCGGCGUCGGCCUGUCCGCGAGAUGAUAUUUACACUGUCGGGCAGUCCGGAUAUCGAUUUUGUCAGGCUAAUUUUACCCUGGUACUCGUACUCGUACUUCCACCCCGUCUCUUUCUCGGGGAUUCGUUCGCCCUGGCCGCGAAAAAUCAAUCCGUCCACCCAGCAGCAGCAAACCCGGAGACGCUGGCAACCUCAACCGGGUCAUUACACGAGGCUUCGGGGCAGACUCUUCUCUGCCUCCAUCAACCCGCGCAACAUCGCCGCCGCCCCCAACAACAACAACGUUGUCGACGACACCAGUACCGCGAAAAAUACGACCACCCACAUCGACAGAACGAGCAAUCACCUCCUCACCCUCGCUCGGACGGUCAGGCAGUCCUGCCCAAGGAGGCCGUUUCGACGGCUCUCUGCCAGUCACCAUUCCAACGGCUUCACACGCGAGACAAGACCCCGAAUCGAUUCACCCGGCCUCCCUAGAAGACUCCGCAAACCCUCGACUUCCCUCGCUAUCCCACCAACCUCGCUACCCAAGCGGUCUCCUCCAUCCGUCGGCUACGCCCUCGUCUCGCAUCCCGCCAGUUCGGCUCCACGCCGUCUCCAUCGCCUCGCCGGCGCCGCUCGCCUGUGGAACCCGUCCAACUCGACUCCGAGACUUCCGCCGCCGACCGUCCGAAGACGACGACUGUCGACCCCUCCGCCUCCCCCAGUACCCCUGUGCCAUCCCACACUCGACCAAUCCGCCGACCCACCCGGUCCUGUCGGUCUUGGUGCUGGCGACUAUCCUCUCUUGACUCUACCCGAACAACGCCGGUCCCGACAUCCUCCUUCCAGCCGGAACAGCCUGCAGAUAGACCGACGCGGCAGCAGCGACAACCGCGUCAGCCUCCCACGAUCGGUCCGACAUUCCUACGACGAUAAGGGAUUGCCCGGCCCUUCCCUGCAUCCCGGCGACGCAGAACUCGGCUUGCACCCAGGCGCACGACGGCACUCGGCAUCGCCCCGACCCGACCGGCAAAGCUUCUGUAGCGUCACCCCGCGUGUCGAAGAAGACGACGAAGAAGACGUCGAAAAAGACGUUGAAGAAGAGGGUCUCCAAAAACCACCACCUCCCAGCAAACUAGACAAGGGCAAAGGAAGAGCGACCAUGGCCGAUGAAACGGGGGAGCCUCCUCGAAGAUCCCAUUCCCGGGACCUGGAGCGGGGCCCGGACAUGCUGGAUCCCCGCCGCCAUUCCAAACUGUCCACGGGCGAGGGCAUCGGCUCCGCCCUGUCCUCCACCAAUUCUUCCAUCAUGGGCGAGGAGGUGCAGCCCGACGGCGAGGAAUGGGGGCCCCAGCACCCCUGCUACCCGCACCUGAACCCGCACGUGCCCGUUGACUCGCUCGAGUACCAGACCACCCGCAUCAUCCGCGUCCGCCGGGACUGGCUGAUGGAGGGCGACCUCGCGCCGACCUUCUCCAACCUCUACCCGGAGAUCCUGGACCCGGCCGGCCUCUCGGAGCUGGAGUUCCGGCGGGUGGUGGAGAAGCUGAACAGCGAGCUGGUGCCCAUCUUCAGCCCGUACAACUGGCGGAACGUCGUCGACGCCAUGCUCGGCCUCGUCACCGGCUGGCUCUGGGACGACUUUGGGCUCACCGCCGUCAAGGCGCGCCUGCAGAAGCUGGAGGACUGGAUAGAGCAGUGGAACAGGGAGAUGGCCAAGACCGUUCGGUUGGACGAGGGCGCUAUUCCGCCGAAAAUCAUCCCGUUGCGCCGUACGGGCUACAUGACUAUCCAGAGGUGGCACCUGUCCCCAGCACACCCGGAGCAUCAAGAUCCGGUCCUUCGGCGGAGCCUCAUGCCCCGGUCAUGA